CCUUCGACAAUACAAUCAACAAUUGGUUGUGAAAAAAUUUCAAUCUUUUCUUCCUUUGCAGAUGAUGUUUUGGAUCUUGUGUUCUUCUCUGACUCCAAAUGUGGCAGAGAUUCCAAAAAGUCUGCCUCCUCAACUAUUUUCUUCCACUGUGAUAAGGAGGCUGAAGAAGGCCUCCCACAAUUUCUUCAUGAGUCGAUGGAUUGCCAGUACUUAUUCACCUGGUACACCUCAGCAGUCUGCCAGUUGGUAAGCUCUGAAACAACAAAUGAUGGAAAGUACGUGCAAGAUUUUCCUAAAGGCCUUUCAGGAAGAAGCCAAGCAGUUGGUGCACUAUUGAGUUUACUCCUUGUGAUUCUUACAGCAUGUCUUGUGAUCCUGUUACUUUACAAAAAAGAAAGAAGAGAAACUGUGAAGCAGAAGAUAGUGAACUGCUGUCGGAGAUCAUCAAAUGUGUCUUAUAAGUAUACUAAGAUAAAUACUGAAGAAGUAAAUGAGAAUGAAACAGAAUGGCUCAUGGAAGAAGUAGCUGUGCCAAAUCACAGUUCAGGAAAUGAAGCACACAUAAAUGGCCACAUAACACGAAAAGCAGUCAAGUCAGAUACCCUUAUGUCCCUUCGGGUGGAUGACAUGGACAGUGAGGAUGAAGUACUGACAAUACCAGAGGUGAAGAUUCAUUCAGCAAAAGAUGUUGAUUCAAGGGGCUUGAGCAGCACUAGUAGGCCUUAUCAUAACAAAGCUCAUAGCCUUUCAAGCAGUGGUAAAACUGGUCUGCCUAACGGAAGGAAGAAUAGCAAAACCAGCCCUGCUUUUGCUCAAGAAGAUCUACAGAACUCCAUGAACACUGCAUCUUUCCAUGACGAUAGCGAUGAGGACUUGUUGAACGUUUAACCUGGAAUUGUGCCUAAUUAAAAUUCCCUGUGUAUAGGUAUAUUAAAUAUAUUAAGGUGGGACAGCAAAAUACUUCCAACCAAAAAUGAAGACUUUAGCUGCAGAUGCCUUUUGCAAGGGAUUGUUUGAAGGGAAAGGGAGGAAGGUCAGUCCUAGCUGUUUACAAUUAUCAGUGACGGCUGGGUUUCUAGCAUUCAGUGAAUGAAGUAAAGGUAAUUCUCCUCCUUAGCCAGAACUCUCACGCCAUACCCCUUGGGAAGGUUUUAGAGACUAUAAUAUUUUACAAUGAUGGGCUCAAAUCUAAAUGAAGUCCCUUCCACUUCAUUGUGAGACUUGCAUUUUAACACUCUUUAUAUUUAUUGCUCUCACGACUCAGGUUCACCAAAAAAAAAACAAAACCCGAUAGGCGAUGUGUUCUUCCUGCAGGCAGGGUAUUUUCUUCUAUAGAUUCACCCAUCUCAUGCUAGCUGGGUUGCUUUGGUGUACAUCUUGGAGCUGGUCUGUAUCUUGAAUUUGCCUGUACAUUUGAUUUCUGUAAUCUUAUUCUGUUAAAAUAAUUUGUUUUGAUUUGAAAAAUGUUUUAGCUGGAAGGUAUAAAUCUUAUAGCUUUAGCCUUGAGCAGUGGCUGUCCUUUGCAUGUUAAGUCUGUUUUUUGGUACCAAUCAUAUAAUGUCUUUCAUCAGUGUUUUCCAGACUGUUGGUAUAGCAACCCAGUGCUAUCCUUCAACAUUAGCUGGGCAAAAAAUAGAGUAUGCCCUUUCCCAAAGACCCUUUCAGGUUAGAUACUAAUGCUUGUAGCCUUUUCUGUCCAAUUGUUGUUGUGAUGAGAAAAACACAUGUACCUUUCUGAAAUGCUGUCCCUCAUCAGAAUGUUUUCCUUCUUGGGAAAUUGCCAACUAAUUCCAGGCCAAACUAGAGUAUCAGCUUUAUUGCCCUGCAAAACGCUAUGGCUGCUUUAAAGCCACAGGCCUGUAGAACUUUGAUUUCACGGGGGCACACUAAUGUUAUGGUACUAGGUGCAUAUCCUAUGACAGGCAGAACCACUGGGAUAUCAUCACUAAACUCCUUGUUCAUUGUUACAUGCUGCAACAAUUAACCUUAUGGGGAAGAUGAAACAAGUUCUCCAUGCAGCAUUUGGGACCUUAGUGCUUUUUAAGAAGCUCAUGGGCAACUCAUGAGUUUCUGGAGACAGGUACCAGUAUUUAGGCAGGCCAGAGGCUCUUCCUUCCUUCCUUCCUUCCUUCCUUCCUUCCUUC